AUGGACAAGCUGGUGUUGUACACGAACAAAAAGAGUCCACCAUGUCGUGCAGUGAAACUGACCGCCCGUGCCCUUGGCAUCGAGUUGAUCGAGAAGGAGAUGACACUCAUGCGAGGUGACAAGCUGAUGGAGGAGUUUCUGAAGGUCAACCCGCAGCAAACGAUACCGGUGCUGGACGAUGGAGGAAUCGUUAUCACCGCCAGUCACGCCAUCAUGAUUUAUCUCGUAUGUAAGUACGGUAGUGAUGAUAGUCUCUACCCGAACGAUCUGGUACGGAGGGCACGGGUCCACACGGCACUACACCUGGAAGCGGGAGUCAUCUUUUCUCGGCUAAGUUUUUUGUUUGAACCGGUCAUUUAUUCGGGCAAAUCGUACUUCCACUCCGACCGUGUUGAGCACAUCCGGAAGGCGUACCGCUUGUUGGAGGACUCGCUCGUCAAUGAGUUCAUGGUUGGCGAUAGUUUAACGAUAGCCGACUUUAGCUGCAUCUCUAGCGUCGCUUCUCUGGUCGGUGUGGUACCCCUGGACGAGACCAAAUUCCCAAAGAUCGUAGCCUGGAUAAAGCGCAUGCAGGAACUACCAUAUUACGCGGAAGCGAACGGCAAUGGAGCGCUCGAGCUGGCGGAGUUUGUGCUCGGGAAGAAGGAAGCAAACGCCUCACAGUUUUUGUGA